AAUGAUAUUUUGGUUACUUGGUUACUGGCCUUCAAUAGGAACAGAACUUGUGAUACAUAGACCUUUUAAAGGUUUGUUGAAUCAAAAUGGAGUUCUACAACAUGAAAUAUGGAAUCAUACUUUUCCUGAUGCUGAGUUCCGGUAUACCUCCAUGUAUAGGUUGCCAUUCUCCAAUACCACCAAGUGGCGGUCACUCUCAUUUAUUAUCGCAGCUUCUCGGACUGACAACGUCUUACAUCGAUUAUUGUUCGAAAUACGCAUUGGAUUUUGAUGAUGAGUUAUUGUAUGAAAUUGCCGAAAAUGAUCCGGGACUGGUGGAAACAUUGGAAGCAGGACAAAAUCAAUGGUACGAAAUAAUGUUGAACUAUUUUUGGGAAACAGAGACGUGCCAAGAUUCUUCACUUCGAGAUUUUUGCGAAAAGUUUGAGGAAUGUAUAAUCGAUUUAAAUACGUGAUUUCAAAUGGUAUGAAAUGACAAUGAUGAAAUAUCUAUAAUUUUCUUUAUUGAAAUAUGUACUUCAAAAUCAGAAAAUCUCUGCUGCAGAGAGAAAUGACACCUGUUCCGCGAGUUCACGAUUGUUUUCAACAAAUUGGGAAACUAUAAUUGACAAAAUCGAGCGAUUUCUGUCAGUUUUGUGAUGACUUGUUUGCCGGUAAACAAUGCAAUGCUUUUAAACACAUAAUGAUUCAACAGCCUAAUAUCACAAAAUGGAAUUUAAAAUUUCUAUGUGGUUGCGGAAGCACGGUGGAAAAAAUGACAUUACAGACCAAUCUGUUAGUUUGAUUAAUUGAAUUUCGCUAUCUUAAAGAUACGCUGUGAUUGAUUAUUUCUAUCCAAUGAACCCCAAGAAAACAUAAAUAAAUAUUCGAAAUUUUCACCGUAAAGCAAGACAGCAUGAUAUAUAUAUAUAUAUUCUGUGAUAAUUGGACUUGUCUGACGACGAAGCAGUCCGUCUAUUGUAGCAAAUCUGUUAUUUCAAAAAAUAUUAAAAUUUCAUGAAUCGAAAAAAAAACACUAGAAUGCUAUUACUUUUACGAGUCCUACGGGCCAAAUUUUUUAGUCGUAAAUUUUCCUAUUUUUUUUUAAAUUUAUGAGCACACCUUCAAAUGACAUCUGGUACAUUCAAUUAAUAUUUAAUAGGAAUUACUGACAUCGCGGGUGUUAUUUGACCUUCAUUGCCAUAUAUUUAAGAAUUUCCUUAUUGUAAUUCUAUAUUAUAUACAAUUAUUGACUUUUAUCUGAAUAUCUAAUUUAUCUGAAACUGUAUGUUCAGCUAAUAUAUCACUGUGCUUUAUUUAAAUAAAAUAAUUUAUGUGAAAAUGGCCG